AUGAAUUCGCAUUUAAAUGGAAUUGUUUUAAGUGACCCACAAAUUGAUAGAGAAAAGUUUUUACAAGGAAUUUCUGCAAGAAAAAUUCAUCACUUGACCUAUGCUUAAUAAAUAUAAUUAAUCCCUAUCAUAAAGCCUAUUUAAUUAAUAAUUGAUUUUAUUGAAAAUUAGUAUACGAAAUAAAUACAAAAGACCCUAUAACAAAUUCACACAUAAUUUUCCACCUAGAAGAAUCUGAUGUAAUUCCUGACUCGAUAUCUCAAUAUCAAUGCAUUUUACUUCUAUAUUCUUUGAAUGAGGAAUCGACAUUUUCAAACAUUAAAGAAGUCUGACUGCCAGAAGUGCAAGCCUCAAUACAAAACGAAAAUUCCUUCAUUAUUCUUGUUGGGCUUGAGUAUGGACCUCAUCGUCAAAUUGAUUCAGAUGAGGCAGAAAAUUUAGCGACAGAGGCUGGAGCAAUCCAUGUAGAGAUUUCUCUUUCAGCCAAGAAAAACAUCACGCUUCUCCUCAGAUUAAUGAGAGUAAGAGCUACUUUACUAUUAAAAAAACAGCCCAUUAAAUGUGAAUCUUCCCAAAAACCAAAAACUCCUCAAAAAAGAAACCUCGAUCUAAAUUCAAUACAAAAAAUAACCCUAGAAGAUUGCAUAACCCCACAAUUCAGCUCAAGAACUUCCAAGCAAGAAGAAGCUCAUAACUAUUCCCUUAUAGAAAAUCAGAACCAUUUGCAUAGAAAAUAUCGCUAUGAAGACGAACAAAUUUUUCAGACUGAGCCUUCCCAAGAAUCAGAUUCAGAUAGUUUUACCAGAAAUGAAAAAAUCAAUAAAUCAAUAGAAAAAGAAAUUACUUUGGGCGAGGACUUUGAGAGUGAAAACUGUUGGGCUAUGAAUGGAACCUUAGGAAGCCCAUCUUAUCAGCAGCAAUAUAAAGUGCCACCGUUAUCAUUAAAUCCAGUUAUGCCGCCUAUUAAGCAAGCUCAAACAACAGAAAGAGCGUCAACUCCAAAAAAAAUUUUAAAAAAUGGGCCUGAGACAGAAAGGCCUUAUAAAUGCCCAUUAUUGAUAUUAGAGAUUAAAAUGAGAAAUUCUGUAAAAUCAAUCGAGGUUUACCAAGGAGAUACCUCAUAUGAUUUAGCCAAAAAAGUAUGCGGGAAUGAAGAGGAGGCUGAAGAGCUGAGCUAUUGCAUAGAGCAGGAGAUCAAUAGCUAUUGUGAAGAAAUAAAGAAAAUACAAAGAAUGGGAAAAUUCUAA